AUGGUACCGGUUUGGCUUAAUGACGUUUUACGACAACAGGUAUAUGUGAAGAUACAGGUGUUCCUGCUAGUGUGGAGUUGGAUAUCUUGUGAAGCAGGUAAAACUGAUUGGAGCACAGCAUAUAUGAAUGAACGUCUAUGUCCAACAGAAGACGAUUACGUUAUUCAAGAUCAGAAAGUCAUGUGGUAUUCGGCAAACCGAGCAAAGAAAACCCUCCCGCAAGUGUUUAGGAUAUCUACAUCUAAAAUACCAGGGGCAGGGCUAGGUGUAUUCUCAGAGAUGUUCAUCCCAGUGGGUACUUUCUUUGGGCCAUAUCAAGGCGAUACUGUUCAGAGUAUCAAGGAUGUUCAUUUACAAGGCGAUUAUGCUUUUGCCGUUAUGAAACGAGGCAAAAUCAUUUACAUCAUUGACGCUUGGAAUCCCGACUGCUCGAACUGGUUACGCUAUGUUAAUUGUGCACGCGAUAUGAUGGAACAGAAUCUAGAAGCGAUCCAAUGUGAUGGACAUGUAAACUACAGAACUAUCCAACCUAUAUAUCCUGGUCAGGAGCUACUGGUUUUCUACGGUUCACUUUACGUUGAGUCACUGGAACGGUCCUUGGUAGUUGGCUUGAAAAACCCGAAGGAAGAUAUGGCGACAAUGAUUUCGAUUUAUGAGGUUUUAAAACAACGAAUUCAUGUGCAGGGACGGCUGCUAAUGCUGAUAUGGUGUUCGAUAUCUUGCAUACUUGGUUGGAGUAAUGCUUUGUGUAGGAAUACUUUAUGUCCAACAGAAGACGAUUAUGUAAUCCGAGAUCGGAAAGUCAUGUGGUAUACGGCAAACCGAGCAAAGAAAACCAUUCCGCAAGGGUUUAGGAUAUCUACAUCUAAAAUACCAGGGGCAGGGCUAGGUGUAUUCUCAGAGAAAGUCAUUCCAGUAGGUACUUUCUUUGGGCCAUAUCAAGGCGAUACUGUUCCGAGCAUCGAGGAUGUUCGUUUGUCUGGCGAUUAUACUUUUAUCGUAUACCGGAAUGGUAGUAAGUACUUUGUUGACGCAUGGAAUCCCGACUCCUCAAACUGGUUACGCUAUGUUAAUUGUGCACGCGAUUUGAUGGAACAGAACCUAGAAUCUAUCCCAUAUGGCGGAAAUAUAUACUAUAGAAGCAUUCAAGCUAUAUAUCCUGGCCAAGAGUUACUGGUUUUCUAUGGACACGACUAUCUCGAGAAACUAGACAUACCUAUUCACAACUACUGUAAAUGGUUUAACGGGACAGUGCAUCAAGCCAUAUGGUCAGAUUUCAUCUGUGGAAAUCUCCAUCAACCGAAAUUAAAGAAUUAAAAAUAGUGAUCUACCAGUAUUUCAAUUUCUAACCUG